AUGGUGGGCAUCAGCGGCAUCCCCGGCUCGGGCAAGACCUCGCUGGCAACGGCCGUCGUCCACCGGCUCAACGCGAUGAGCCCGUCUCCCGUGGCUGCCUGCAUCGCCAUGGACGGCUACCACCUCACACGAGCCCAGCUGUCAGCCAUGCCCGACCCGGUGCUCGCCUUUGCCCGCCGCGGGGCCGCGUUCACCUUCGAUCCCACGAAGCUGACAGCGUUGAUCAACUCGCUCCGCAGCCCGCUGACCACGAGCUCUCCGACGCUCUAUGCGCCCAGCUUCGACCACGCCGUCAAGGACCCCGUCGAGAACGACAUCCCCAUCCCCCCCACGGCGCGGAUACUGCUGUUUGAGGGCAACUACCUCGCUCUCGACAAGAAGCCGUGGAGCGAUGCCGCCGCGCUGCUGGACGAGCUGUGGUUCGUGGAGGUGGACUUUGAGGUAGCCAGGCAGCGGCUGGUCAAGCGGCAUGUCCGUGCCGGCAUUGCAAAGGACGAGGAGGAGGCCGACAAGCGGGCGCGAGAGAACGACCUGGUCAACGGGCGGGAGAUUGUAGAUAACCGUCUGCCCGUGGCCGAGAUCGUAGCCAGCAGGGAGGACGCGCGGUGGAAGACCCCUUAG